AUGGGCCCUCGGAGCUCCCCCUGGUGGCUGCGUGUGGUGCUGCUGCUGUGCUCCGCCCCUCUGGCUGUGGGCCGGCCCUUCGGAGUCCCCGCCCCAACGGUCAACGUCGCCGUGGUGUUCAGCGGCCCCGCCUACCAGAGCGAGAUCAAAGGACGACUGAGCAGGGAGAACUUCAUGGACCUGCCCCUGGAGGUGAAUCCGAUCACGGUGCUGGUGAACAACACAAACCCUCGUGCUCUGCUCACGCGCAUCUGUGACACCCUCUCCACAAACCGAGUCCAUGGGGUGGUCUUCGAGGACAACGUCGGCUCUGAGGCCGUGGCGCAGAUCCUGGACUUCAUCUCCACGCAGACCGCCGUGCCCAUCGUGGGGAUCAGCGGGGGGUCGGCUGUGGUGCUGCCAUACAAGGGUGAAGGAUCUAACUUCCUUCAGCUGGGCGCCUCCAUCGAGCAGCAGAUCAACGGCAUGUUCAAGGUGAUGGAGGAGUACAACUGGGACAGCUUCGUGGUCAUCACCAGCCUCUACCCCGGAUAUGAGACUUUUGUGGAUUACAUCAAGUCCUUCACUGACACCAGCUACUUUCUGUGGGAGCUCCAGGACGUGCUGACCUUUGACAUGUCCGCCGAUGGUCUGAGUGACAUCAGAGCUCGCCGUUUACUUCAGCAGAUCGACGCCCAGGUGCUGCUCGUGUACUGCUCCCACGAAGAGGCCCAGUAUCUGUUUGCCAUGGCCAAAGAGGCGGGUCUGGUGGGGCCUGGCUACAUUUGGAUCAUUCCCAGUUUAGCGGUGGGGAACCCGGACAUACCCCCACCGGAGAGUUUUCCCAUCGGGCUCAUCAGUAUCAUCACGGAUCGCUGGAGGAUGAGUUUGAGGAAGAGGGUGAGAGACGGAGUGGCCAUCGUGGUGAAGGGGGUGCAGAGUUUCAGGAAGCAGAGAGGGUACAUUCCAGAAGGACACAGCGACUGCCACAGCCCCGUCAAACCAACUGUCUCCAAUGACACGCUGUUCAGACACAUGCUGAACGUGACGUGGGAACAUAAUGACUUCUCCUUUAACUCCAACGGUUACCUGGUGAACCCCGCCAUGAUCGUGAUCACUCUGGACCGAGAGAGACAGUGGGACAAGGUGGGCACGUAUGAGAUGGGCAUCCUGCAGGUGAGGUACCCGGUGUGGCCUCGGUUUGGCUCGUACCUGCAGCCCGUGUCCGACUACAGACACCUGACCGUGGCCACGCUGGAGGAGAGGCCCUUUGUGAUCGUGGAGGCCGUGGACCCCGCCACCGGGACGUGUGUGAGCAACACUGUCCCCUGCAGGAGACAGUCCAACAAGACGGAGGCGAUUGUGGGCCACACGGAGCCGUACACCAAACUGUGCUGUAAAGGAUUCUGCAUCGACAUCCUCAAGAAACUCUCACGAAACAUCAAGUUCUCCUACGACCUGUACCUGGUGACCAACGGCAAGCACGGAAAACUGGUGCGGGGCAUCUGGAACGGCAUGAUCGGAGAGGUGUUCUACAAACGUGCGGACAUGGCCAUCGGGUCCCUCACCAUAAACGAAGAGCGCUCCGAGAUCAUCGACUUCUCCGUCCCGUUCGUGGAGACUGGCAUCAGCGUCAUGGUCGCCCGUAGCAACGGCACCGUCUCCCCCUCCGCCUUCCUCGAGCCGUACAGUCCAGCCGUGUGGGUGAUGAUGUUCGUCAUGUGUCUGACAGUUGUGGCCAUCACGGUGUUUGUGUUUGAAUACUGCAGUCCUGUGGGAUACAACCGCAGCCUGGUCACUGCCAAAGAUCCCGGCGGUCCGACCUUCACCAUCGGGAAGUCCGUGUGGCUGUUGUGGGGGAUUGUCUUUAAUAACUCAGUCCCAAUAGAGAACCCCAAAGGGACCACGUCUAAGAUCAUGGUUCUGGUGUGGGCCUUCUUCGCUGUGAUCUUUCUGGCCUCGUACACGGCCAACCUGGCGGCCUUCAUGAUCCAGGAGCAGUACAUCGACACCGUGUCCGGGCUCUCAGACAAAAAGUUCCAGAAGCCUCAGGAGCAGUACCCCCCUUUUCGCUUUGGGACGGUCCCCAACGGCAGCACCGAGAGGAACAUCAGGAGUAACUACCCCGAGAUGCACGCGCACAUGGUCAAGUACAACCAGAAGGGGGUGGAGGACGCGCUCAACAGCCUCAAGACAGGGAAGUUGGACGCCUUCAUCUACGACGCGGCGGUGUUGAACUACAUGGCAGGCAAAGACGAGGGCUGUAAACUGGUGACCAUCGGCAGCGGGAAAGUCUUCGCCACAACGGGGUACGGGAUCGCGCUCCAGAAGGACUCGCGCUGGAAGAGACCCAUAGACCUGGCCCUGCUGCAGUUCCUCGCAGAUGGGGACACUCAGAAGCUGCAGACGGUGUGGCUCACAGGGAUCUGUCGUAACGAGAAGAAGGAGGUGAUGAGUUCGAAGCUGGACAUAGACAACAUGGCGGGAGUCUUCUACAUGCUGCUGGUGGCCAUGGGGCUGAGUCUGCUGGUGUUCGCCUGGGAGCACCUCCUGUACUGGAAACUACGACACUCUGUCCGAAAGUCCGACCGCCUCGACUGUCUGCUGGCUCUGAGCAGGGGCAUCUACAGCUGCUUCAAUGGAGUGGAACAUUCGGACAAGAGCAACAGAGACAUGCAGAGCCCCGAUGUCACCUCCAACUACACUCAGGCAAACAUGCUCAAGAUGCUACGGACCGCCAAAGACAUGGUUUCCUCUGCCCGCGUGGAGAACUCUUUGGACAACGCCACCAAAACCAUCGAAAACUGGAGCAGACGCGGAGCUGAUAACGUCAGACUGCCACCUCGAGUCUCCACCACAGACCUCACCCACAACAGGCUGCCGUACAUCUCCAGCAUCACGGACAACCACUCGCCGUAUCCGCAAAGGGCAUUGACUCCCACUUUUCCCAUUCAUUACACCGAUUCCGCUACUCAACCUCUUUUAGACAAAUCGCGAGUGGUCACCAGGCCGACCCCGCUGAGAUACACGCUACCUGCAAGACCCAGCCACCAUCUUCUAGAAAGGACUUUGCCAAUCUCCAGUCUCAGCACGCCACACUUAGCGAUGAGGGACACUAGCCCGACGGUUACCCCAACGAUGAAUCACCGAAACAGGCUUUACAUGGACAACCAACCACAACGCCACCAAACUUUUGUCCCGUACAGAGAGAUGCAAGUGCCGGACAUCUACGUAGAGCAUAAGGGCCCGUUUCGACGCAAGUUCAGCUACCCCCCGGACUGCAGGCAGAGACGGGCGCAUAAUUACGUCUUCAACGCGCUGGAUGCGAGGUCGAGGAAUGAUUACGAUGAGCCGAGGUCUUGCUUAGCCGAACUCCGCGCCAACAACCUUCUUCUGAGCAACCACGCCAACCACGCGAAUCCCACGAUACCUUGCUCCACUUCGGCGGGACACUACGCAGGGAUGAGCCCCAGCUGUAACUCUUGCAUGAAAUCGUACGUUGACACCGACAUGGAUGACAUACCUUUGUUAGGGAAGGACAAACUCAACCGGAGAGCCUCAUUUUUGAAAGCAACUUGGGGAAAUGACCGGAUUCGGCAAGUGGACGAAACAAAACCUUCAACCUCUUCAACUUUGCCACCAACCAGGGCGGACAUUCCAGAUUUGUUCCCUAGAGUUGUCGUAGCAAACCCCCAACCAGGAAAACUUUACGGGAGUCUAGGAAACAACCUGUCGUGCUACCCUUUGUCGGCAGAACCAGCGUACCUAGACCCCGCCCAUAUGGGGUCCUUCCCGUACAAGCAAAAGCUGAAAUACGCCGAUUGCGCUCAGCUGCCUUCGUACAGGGAGGCGAUUCUGCAAAACGCGGCUGCUCUGAGACGCUCAUCCUCCUCGGUGAUGCACAGACGCUACUCCUCCUACCUAAACUCGUACACGGACUACCCGGUUUAUGUGGCGCCGAAUCACUUUUACGAUGGCGCCAAGGACACGUGUCACUUGUUUCCGUGCGCAAGCCACUGUCCAGGAAGUAACACGCCCGUUCUGCAGCGCGUGAGCAACCAGCCCGUGUUGUACCAGCACAACAGCCUGUACGGAGCGUUUGAGGGGGGGGCGGGGCAGAGGGAGGAGCCCGGAGGGAGGAGGCCGGUGCUGGUGGCGCGCAGAGUGAACAGUCCCUAUGUGCCAAAGCCCUGGAGCAGGGUGUCCAGCCUGGAGUCUGAGGUCUGA